AUGGCCGAGGCCUUCGCAGCGCUCGGCAUCGCGGCCAGCAUCUUUCAAUUUCUCGAACUUGGUUUUAAAGCCACACAGACCAUCAUCGCGACGUACCGCGAUGUUGAUAUUGAUGGACUAGCUCAGCGCAACGCGGAAAUCGCCCUCACAUGCUCCGAUUUCGAGGAGCAUUGCUUGAGGCUGAAGAAAGACAAGGCUUUAGUGAAGGACGAUGAUUUGGCCCCGCUGUUGGCAAGGUGCAUCAAUGCAGCGACGAAAUUGAGUACCGAAGUUGACCGUUUGAGGGUCCCUGACUCCCAGCGCCACCGAAGAUUGACCAAGGUUAAGAUUUCAAUCAUUUCUUAUUGGAAACGUAACACGAUAGAAGGCCUCCAAGCCGAUUUGGUCGACAUCAGGGCGCAGAUCUGUUUCAGGCUUCAAGGGCUUUUCUACGAACAUCAUCGUUCCCUCGCGAUAUCUGUGGACGCCUGGGGACAAGCGUCCAAGGCAUGGAAUAGGGUCACAGAACAGAAAUUGGAUGUCAUGGCCCAGCAGGUAAAGGACCUUCUGAAGUGGGAGUCAAAGUCAGAAUCUGGCGGAGUAAAUGAAUUGGCUCAAGCCCUGACAGCAUUCGCUGAGGAAGCCAAAAGCCACGGCAUCACUAGAGCUAUCCUCGAAAGUCUUCAUUUCACACAAAUCAAGGAACGGCAGAACGAGAUCCCAAAAGCACACAAGGACACAUUCACUUGGAUCUUUCACGAGAGUGACCCAAGAAACUUCGCGAACUGGCUCAAAGGGUCAAGCGGCAUCUUUUGGGUCACAGGCAAACCUGGUUCUGGAAAGUCGACAUUGAUGAAAUUCAUCUCAGGCCACGAGACGACGAAACGUCUGGCAAUGGCGUGGGCGAAUCCUAAGCCACUCUUCAUCGCUAGCCACUUCUUUUGGUUUGGGGGAACUAAACUACAGAAAUCCCUAGAAGGCUUGCUGAGAACAUUGUUGUUCCAGAUUCUAUCCAACGCCCCGGAUGUCAUCAGCAAAGUAUUACCGGAUCGCGUCUCGGAACAAUUCCAUUACCUGGAAUCAUGGAGCCUAGAAGAUCUUUAUGCAGCAUUUGAACAUGUUCAAACCCUCAAGACAUUUCCCUACCGCAUCCUCAUCCUAGUCGAUGGGCUUGAUGAGUACAGUGGCCAGGUUACCGAUGUAACGACAUUCCUGCAGACUAUCACGAAGUCGCCCGAGAUUAAGGUCUGCUGUGCCAGUAGACCCUGGCAGGAGUUCCACAACGCGUUCAGCAAUGCAUACGGUCAAAUUGAGAUGCACAGUCUCACAACCGAGGAUAUGCGACUCUACGUUCAAAACACUUUAGAACAGAACGAACGAUUUAAGACGCUUCAGUCAUCACAUCAACAGCAAGGAGAAUUGCUGAUCGAUUCUAUCUCAACGAAAGCUGAAGGAGUGUUCUUUUGGGUUUCUCUGGUUGUGAAAUCACUUCUUCGAGGCCUCGAUAACAACGAUGGGCUCGAACUUCUGCAAAGAAGAGUCUCUGAAUUUCCCCGGGGUCUUGAACCUUUCUUCAAGAGGAUGGUCGAAUCUAUUGAAGACGUGUACAAGACUGAGGUGGGCUCGAAACUCCAAUUUGGUUCUGGAGAUGGAGACCAAGAGCUCGAGCACCCGGAGUUCCCGGCGUGA